GCGGUCUAAAAGAUCAGGCAGGAUGCGAACAAUAAAUGACAUAGCCAAGAUACCAGUAGAUUGGCCUCAUUUUUAUGUAUACAGAGGUGCAGAUUGCAAAUCCGCCACCUAUGAUACGUUGACUGUACCCGAAUUUUCCUUCGGUUACAUGGAAAUAGUGAAUAACACUGAAAAUGGAGAUAUAAAGUUGCGGAUGUUGGAACAUUUUCAACAGGUUAUGCUCCACACUAUGCAUUACCAAUGGGAUGAUGUGCGCCAUUGCCACGGUGUGAUACUGGGAAAGAUUGAACAAGGAAUCCUAACAUGGUCGAGUGAUUUUGGUCGAUACUUUGACAGUUUCGCUAAAGUUUCAAGAAUAGACCAAGAUAACAAAUUGUCUAAAAGAACCGCCACAGCAAAACCUGCACUUGGCAAAACCAAAUCUUCUGAUAAAAUUUACAUCUGUCACGCCUAUAAUAAUGGCUCGUGUGAUCAGGCUUCUGAUCACAAUAAAGGGAAUUUAUUUCUUCGCCAUGCGUGCAGGUUUUGCUUUGGCAGUUCUGGUCAUGUAAAUUUGCAUCGGCACGCUGAGUCGGAAUGUAAAUCAAAACAGUCAAAAUUGAGUCAAUCAAAUUACAAUUGA